AGAAAAUAAAUCACUUCUUGUCAAAAAUGACAAGAUUCCACCAAAUGGAAAGUAAUGGCGAGCAGAUAAAAACGUUUGUUUUCGGCAAUAAAUCCAAGCAGAACUCGGCGGAAGCAAGCGAAUCGUUGCAAAUUCUGAUCCCGGAGUUGCUGCUGCCCGGAUAUUCUUUCUACACCUGGCCAUCUGCCCAAGUAUUGGCGUGGUUUCUUUGGGAGCGACGAUUAUCCCUGCCGAACAAACGUGUGCUGGAGCUGGGAGCUGGAACUUCGCUUCCCGGAAUACUGGCAGCCAAGUGCGGUGCUCACGUAACACUAAGCGAUUGCGGUACACUUCCGAAGACCAUCCAGCACAUGCAAAGGUGCUGCCGGCUGAACAGCCUUACGCCCGGAAAGGACAUAGAAGUUGUGGGAUUGACGUGGGGAUUGUUCCUGGACCAGAUCUUCCAGCUGGGCCCGAUAGAUUACAUCAUCGGAUCGGACAUUUUCUACGAUCCUUCGGUUUUCGAGGAUAUCCUUGUGACGGUUUCGUUCCUGCUGGAAGCCAAUCCCCAGGCAAGGUUUCUUUUCGCCUAUCAGGAACGAAGCUCGGACUGGUGCAUCGAAACCCUGCUGAAAAAGUGGGGACUGCAGUGCAACAUUGUGAGUUUGGAAAAUCUGGGGUCUGAACUGGGAAUCGAUCCGCAGGAAUUGAUGGGCAGCCAUACCAUACAUUUGCUAGAAGUAACGAGAAGAUAACGAUUGAACAAGUUACAAGCUUACAAGUUUAGGAGUAUAUUCAUUUAUCAAUAAUUUAAUUUAAUAAGGGUAAAGUAGCUCAAAACCAUGUCUUCCUCAGGGGUCAAUGCCCUUGCUCGCGGCGUUCAGAAACUAUUUGUCGGCAAUCUGCCGUGGACGAUCAGCACAAAGGAGCUUCAAGUCUAUUUUUCAAAGUACGGACAUGUCCAGUCGUCGAAUGUGAUCUACGACAAGACGACUGGGCUGAGCCGUGGGUAUGGGUUUGUAGUGUUCAGUACCAGAGAUGGGUACAGCAAUGCCACGAACAAAUCCUAUCACUCGCUGGAGGGACGAGUACUGGAUGUUCAACCGGCAUCUUCGUGAGAUGGUUCAAUAGAUUGGUAGCAUAAUUAGAUGUAGCAAUAAAUCAAUCAGAAGUAA